UAUUUUAGCCCGCGUACCACUAGUUGCUGCUGCAAUCACGCCGCUGAAGACAUUUUACCGCGUGCGCGUGUUGAGUGUAUGAAGAAACAGCGCUGAAAAUCGGCAUUUACGUUGUAAAUGCAAUGGACGUUUUCAACGAAAUGCUGCUCCAGUAUCCCCAGCUGAUGUAUGGUGGGGUCGGAGCGACUGCUUUUGUUGCGGGAGGCGCCCUGAUAUACAAAAUUGCUACCAGGAAGAAGCCGACACAUGUAAAUGUGAACUGCUGGUUUUGUAACCAGGAUACUGUUGUUCCCUAUGGAAAUCGGAACUGCUGGGAUUGCCCCUAUUGUGAACAGUACAAUGGAUUUCAGGAGAAUGGUGACUAUAACAAGCCCAUACCAGCUCAGUCCAUGGAGCACCUGAACCAUGGUGUUUCUGCUGGCUUACCUCCACCUGAAACGCCUAAAACACUACAGUGGGUGAACUGCCAGAUGCUGCUCUGCAAGAAAUGCAACAAUAAUCAGACCCUGAAGAUCAAACAGCUGGCUUCUUUCAUACCCAGGGAAGAUGACAACUAUGACGAGGAGAUUGAGGUGUACAAACACCACCUGGAACAGACCUACAAGCUAUGCCGACCCUGUCAGACGGCAGUGGAGUACUACAUCAAGCACCAGAACCGCCAGCUUCGGACACAGUUGUUCAACCACCAGCUGAGGCGCAGCCGCGACGCCGACAAAGCUAUCGUCAAGAACUCUUACUCCCUCCCAACACCUGCCCGCGUGAUAUUCCUCCGCAUCCUGGCCUUCCUCUUCUGUGCAUUUCUGGUUGCCGUGGCGUUGUGCAGCUCCCAGGAUGCAAACUCUUCUGUUGGGCAGAGCACCCCACCCACACUCAGUGGUGGGGUUGCUCCCCCCAAGCAGGCCCAGGUCAAUGAGAGCGCCUCCGAGCAGAGUGGCGACGCUGGCAUUUGGCCAGUAGGACAGGUGUGGAGUGAGAUGCUGGACAUGCUGCCCGAAGAGAUGCUGGAGAAGGCUAAGCAGCUUUGGCAGAAUGGCAGCGACCAUCAGACAGCUGUGGCCUCCAUGGGUCUGCUGACCUGCCUUACGGGUGUUCUAAUGGCUGGACCUGUCAGACUGAGGAGGAUUGAUGUCGUCGCCUCUGUCCUGUGGUUCGUGGUCACCUGCCUUCACUGGUCGGAAAGUUACCUGAAGAUGGAUGUCCCAGACUGGCUCGACACGGUCAAGUUUGGCACCACUUGUUUGUGCUGUCUGGUUGGCUUUGCUGCUGCCGUGGCAACACGUAAAUCCAUCGGUCAAAGGAGAGCCAGAGGUCGAAGGUACCUGUCAGGCGGCUCUGUGUGCGGUGGACCAUCUGCUCUGCUGUCCAUGCCCGUGUCUGGCUCCACCACCUUUGUUCCCACUCCACCCCCCAACCUCUCUCACCUCAUCACCAGGCAGCAGAGCCAGAGGGCUCGCAAGGCCUCCCCCUCGUCUCUGCCGGGGAGACUAAAUCGAGCCCUGUCUCUUGGGACCAUUCCCUCGCUCACACGGACAGAUUCCGGUUACCUGUUCAGCGGAAGUAGGCCACCCUCACAGUGUAAAGACUCUCCAUCCUCAGACUACUUUUCACUGAAGUCUGGGAGUCGUCCCUCCUCUCCUGGCCCCUCUCCCACACCCUCAGUUGCAGGCUCGGUCACGUCCACCUCCAGCUCGGCCUGGCAACGUCGCCCCCUCAUCAGCCCAGCACGGCUCAACAUUGGUGGUCGCAAGUUGCAGCUCUUCUCCCCGCCUCAGGAGCCUGUGGGCUUGUUCACCCCUCCCUAUGCGCCGGAGCCCACCCACUUCUCCAACAGUCAAUUUCUUCCAGAUUGCACACCCUUCUCCGCUUCAAAUCACGACUUGAGCUCUGUUCUGGAGCACAGCAGCGUGUCUGAUCUUGAUGAGAAGAGGGAAGACGGGUCCUCUGGGUCCUCAAAGUGCCAUGUCGACACAACAACUGGCAACGGAACUGAGGGCAAGUCUUACUGGACGGGUCUGUUCAGCCGGUCUCUCUGGCCUGGUCUGCUGUGUGUGAGCCUAACGGCUAACCUGCUCCUCUCUUCCCUGUACCUGUACCACAACUGGAGAUGAACACUGCUUCAGCUGCUGUAAUUUGACUCUUUGCAGGUAGAGAGGGGGGGGGGGGGGGGAUCUUUGCUCUCCUGAAUGUAGUCUCCUUUUGUUUGGGGUUGGUCUCCAGACUUAACAUGUGAUCCCAGCAUAAGUGUCAUGCUAAUGUACAAUCAUAACUGAUGCAGGAAAAACAACACAACAAAUAUUUAUUACAGCUAUCCUAGUUGGGCUUAGCAAAUAGUGUGGGUGAAAUACUCACAGGAAUUGAACAUCUAUAGAGGUGGACAAAAUAUUGGAAACGCCUUCCAAAACUGCAUAUCUAGUAAACUAAUAUAAAAUAGGUCCUUCAGAACAUUUUCAAUCUUUCUAGGAAUGUUGUCAUACAAUUUCUGCAUUGUGUGUAGUGUGAUAGUGACUCAUUCUUUAACAAGGACCAUCUUUAGUCCUUUGAGUGACUAAGGAGGUGGCAAUCUAGUUCUGAUCUAGAGUACUCUGCGCUCAGAACUUGCCAGAAUUUUUUUUUAAUUAUGUUUGCGCCAGGGUAUUGUAAAGGUUGUGGAAGACAUUUUGACUUCAUCCUUUAGCUCUAGUGUGAUUAUGAAGUUGGAUCAUGGGGACAUAAUGAGCAGUGUGUGCAUGUUGGGGUGCUCCUGGGGUCAGGGGGUUGUGCAUUAUCCAAUACAAAUUGGUUUCCAAAUGGCAGCCCUGUUAUACCAGCAGUGUGAAGCUCACAACUGUCACAAACGUACUGUUUUUGUUGGGACUUUUUCAGAUCUAUGUAGGUCUGUGGUGAUUUUAAGAUAUGUGUUGUUUGUGUGAUUAUUUGCUACCAUCCUGCUGAGAGUCUCUGGCCACAAUCACUGUUCCCAUCACCUUCAAGAUUUAGCAGUUUUGUUUUUUUUACUAACGCACCUUAUUUGGCCCCUUUCAAACUCUGGUACUGUUUACAUCUUGCAUUGACGUCCUACACAGCCAUACACUGCUGUUGGUAGCAAGCAUAUGAUGUGAAGUAUGAUUUAAAAUUCAUAUGAUUGAUCGGUGUAGAUGCAUUCUAAUUGUGGUUUAGAUGGUUCAAAACGAGGCUAUUUUUUCAGGGGAGUUUCCAAUAUUAUGUCCAUGUGUCCUGUAUAUUGAAGCCUCAGAAUUUGAUGGUGGGGAAUCUCUUGCUUCUGUCACUGAAUUGUUCCUUAAUUUGGAUGUCUUGUUUUCUAAGACCGUGUGUGAACUUAAGUAACAAAGCAUGUUUUAUAUGAAACAUCAUCAAGCCUCUUUUCCAGGCACUGAACAAAAAAAAGCAUUAAUUAUGUUACACAGAUCUUCUGUGAUAUCUACAGUAUCACAGCAUCUGAAGUACGAGUAGGUUUGUAGGUUUCUUGUUUGUUAUUUUAUGUCCAAGGACGGUAUGUUUUCUGUGUGAACCAUCAGCUCUCAGAGCAUACUGUGCAUCUGUGUUACACUUCCAUACAAUAGGGUACAGUGCAAUUCACAGAGAAUGCCCUAGAUUUUCCAAUACUCAGAUUUGAAAGCAAACAGGUGCCCAUUUUAUUUUUAUUUAAUUAUUUUUUUAUUUAGUGUUUUGUUUGUUUUUCCAUCAGAAUUACAACUAGACUUUCACUGUGAAUCACAGCUUUCUCUCUAAGUGUUGUAUGUAUUUAUUUUGAAAAAUCAUUGUCAUCUUGCAUUUUCCUAUGUUCCGGUCUCAAAUGUAAUAAAGACGUGAGUGCAUGUGUGAGAGUAAAAAACAUACAGAUGUUAUAAAAUUGUUUCAGUGAAACAAGUUAUGGGAGGAUGGCAGUUUUUAAAGAAACUGCAGUGUUCUGUACAAAUUGAAUAGUAUAAUGAAUCUUGGUUAAAUGUAGCCAUUUUUCUUUUUGUAAAUGUAUACUUUAUGCUGUUUGGCCUCAUGCUCAUUGGACUGGUGGCAAAAACACUGGAUGUUCCUUAAUCCUGAUACUACAAAGAUGAACUAGCGCUAUCAAAAUAAACAGUAUAUGGAUUGGACUUCUUAAGGUUUAAAUUUCAGUCUGUCUGAUUCUGUUAGGAAAUGAGAAGAGACUGAUUGAGCUGAUGCCGUUUCUGCAAAAUGUUUUUGAUUGUAGUCUGGCCUCACAGGGGCAGAUAUGACUUUGGCACUACGUGACCAAAAGCUCACCAUCUAGAGAAAACCUUGAAAUUGAGGACUAGUAGCAUGUUGAGAACGAUAGGUACGUCUACUAGUAGCUAGUAGCAUGUUGUAGGACUAGUAGCAUGUUGAGAACGAUAGCUACGUCUACUGGCUUUUCCUCUGAGACAGGCACCAACUUCUGCGUUCCCAUGCACUUAUAGCCAAAGACUUUGGAUCCUCUUUUUUGCGCUGCCUUUGGAAGGUGUUUGGUUUAGACAUGUCAGAUUUUGUUAAUGCUUUAAACAUCCCUUGCUACAUUUAACCCACUUUUCACCAUAUAUAUCUCCAUGUUAAUAUAAAUAUGGCUACACAAGACCUUAGUCUGCAACUUCACACAAAACACAUGCAAUGAAUAACUAUUAAAAUGGCAUCCAAAGAUUAUUAACAUUUUAUUGAACUUGGAUAAAUAAAUGCUUUUAUCAAAGGAAAAAUCAAAGCUGUCACUUGCAGGGUUCUAAUUUCCGUUGUCAUACAACUGGUUCAUUUAGCACCACAAAAGGAUGUUGAUUUCUAUUCCCCAGUUGUGUGGAAAGUACUCUCUGGUCUGGUCUAUUGCUUAUUUUGACACUAAGAAUGGUCCUAGUUUUUGCUUUGCACGAAGAGCAAAUGUCAGUAGACACUGCAAAUUAUUGCAUCACUAACAGUCUGCUUCUGUUUCAUUGGAAAAUUGGCUCUGAGGCUCCUCAGACCUCUUAUGUUGGUGUUCCGUUUUGUUAUGCUUUUUGGUUUUCGCCUAGGAAUAUCUUGAUAUCCCAGACUGCUGGCACACAGCAAUUCCAGUUCCAUAAAUGUUGCUAACUUGGGGGACCAUACAUCUUAAGAAAAUCCGUUGUGUUCUCCCUUAGAUCAGAUUUUUGUUUACUUUUUCAUUAAUGGUUGUGUGCUUGAAAAGACUGAUAAAAAGUAAUUUUAUCACUAGAAUAUUACUGUCUGCUGUCCUUUUAACGUGCCAGGGUUGACCGUAAACCUCAUGCCAGGUUUGCCUCAACUUGAUUCACAGAUCUAAGAGUUUUUGGUGUAAGGAUUUUUUUUAAAUAUGGGUAAAAUGGAACAUCUGGAGAAAGUUGUGACUUGCAAAUAUAUUUUUGUAUGUUAUGAAAUGUAGAGAAAUCUGAUAACUGAAUUAAUGGACACAAUUUCAAUAUAGUAAUUAAUUGAGAAAGUCCAUCCACGGGAUACUACAUGUUUGUGUUUAACAGUAGCAAGAGGGCAAAUUUUGACCGCUUUAACAUGCUUGUCACCAUAUAGAUGUUUAUUCAAGUGGAUUGUAUCAGGUCAUGUAUGCUAUUUUGUAUGAGCCCUGAGUUGUGCACGUAUUGUAAUUUAUGAAGAUGGUUAUUUGUUAAUGGAUCGUGUUGACAAUUAUUGUUAUAUGUAUAUUUGGUGCCACGGUGUGUAAUAAUUGCGCAUCUCACAAUGUUGUCUGAACAAUGUAUUGUGGUAAUAAAACUCAAUUCAAUUUUA